UUGUCAUAAAGAGUUUAAUGACAACAUUGAAAAUGAACUGAAAAUGAAUUAAUUCAACAACCAUGUCUCUGUCACUAACAAAUAUCGUGGGUAACCCUACAAUUCACUCGAAAAGACAAGUCACACUGGGAAAUUAUAUUAGAGGCUUAGCUAGGACGUUUCUCAAAAUGUUCAAUCUGAUACAACUCAAAUCUGGACCCCUGCAGCAGGGCUGUUGAACUCAUUCCAUGGGGGGCUUAGUGUCUGCAUGGAAUGAGUAGUUGUUCCUUUCAAUUAAGCCCUAGACAACCAGGUGUGGGGAGUUCCUUUCUAAUUAGUGAUCUUAAUUCAUCAAUCAGGUACGAGGAAGGAGCAAAAACCAGCAGACACUCGGGCCCAAUGUGGAGUGAGUUUGACAGGUAUUCUACAGGGUCACAGUGACUCUAUCGGUUUGAGUAAUGACUACAAAAUAAUUUUAAGUAACUGUAGGCUACUCAGACAUAUUAAGUGCAACAGGUUUCCUAAAAAAAAUGGAGUAAUGACAGCACAAUGGGGUUUACACUGCCAAUACAGAGAGAGAAGCAGGGAAAGCCUCACUCCAUCACGUCAGUAAAGAGAACAAGAAAGAAACCGAAACAGAGAGAGAAAAGUCACUCCCAGUGAGAAGAGAUGCAAACAGACAGAGAGAGAGAGACAAGUCACUCCCAGGGAGAAGAGAUUUAAACAGACAAACAGAGAGAGAAAAGUCACUCCCAGUGAGAAGAGAUUUAAACAGACAAACAGAGAGAGAAAAGUCACUCCCAGUGAGAAGAGAUUUAAACAGACAGAGAGAGAAAAGUCACUCCCAGUGAGAAGAGAUUUAAACAGACAGAGAGAGAAAAGUCACUCCCAGUGAGAAGAGAUGCAAACAGACAAAUAGAGAGAGACAAGUCACUCCCAGUGAGAAGAGAUUUAAACAGACAAAUAGAGAGAGACAAGUCACUCCCAGUGAGAAGAGAUGCAAACAGACAAAUAGAGAGAGAAAAGUCACUCCCAGUGAGAAGAGAUUUAAACAGACAAACAGAGAGAGAAAAGUCACUCCCAGUGAGAAGAGAUUUAAACAGACAAACAGAGAGAGAAAAGUCACUCCCAGUGAGAAGAGAUUUAAACAGACAAACAGAGAGAGAAAAGUCACUCCCAGUGAGAAGAGAUUUAAACAGACAAAUAGAGAGAGACAAGUCACUCCCAGUGAGAAGAGAUUUAAACAGACAAACAGAGAGAGAAAAGUCACUCCCAGUGAGAAGAGAUUUAAACAGACAAACAGAGAGAGAAAAGUCACUCCCAGUGAGAAGAGAUUUAAACAGACAAACAGAGAGAGAAAAGUCACUCCCAGUGAGAAGAGAUUUAAACAGACAAUCAGAGAGAGAAAAGUCACUCCCAGUGAGAAGAGAUUUAAACAGACAGAGAGAGAAAAGUCACUCCCAGUGAGAGGAGAUGCAAACAGACAAAUAGAGAGGCAUAAAACGGAGUGGACAGGGAGAAAGAAAGAGGGUGUCCCUCUCUCACCCUCUCUGUGUCUCCCUCUGAAAUUCCUCCAUGCCACUUUGACUUUACCCCCUAUUCCCUACACCCAUCCCACUUCCCAGCCAGCCCUCCCUGGCACCAGUAUGCGGCCCCCAGCCCCCCUUUCUCCCCCCUCAGGGCUGCUGCUGUUGCUGGUCUUCUGCCCCCUAGUGGUGGUAGCGCAGGCCAGCAGCAGUAAGACGGAGAGCGGACACAGCACACACCAUGGAGACACAAACCCAGACCGCUGUAUGAGGCAUCACUUCGUGGAGACCAUCACACACUCCAUCUACAAGUGCCACUCCAAUAUGGUGUUGCUAGCUCGGUGCGAGGGCCACUGCAGCCACACGUCCCGCUCCGACCCUCUCAUCUCCUUCAGCUCGGUGUUGAAGCAGCCCUUCAAGAGUACCUGUUUCUGCUGCAAGCCCCACACCUCCAAGCUGAAGGCUGUGAGACUCCGCUGCGCUGGAGGGAGCCGCAUCACAGCAACCUACCGCUACAUCCUCGCCUGCAACUGUGAGGAGUGCAGCUGAGCUGGGAAAAAUACUUUUAAAAACGUUAGAACUCUAGAACUGUCUCCUUGAGAACGUUUCUGCACCUGCGAGUCGACAGCUGUGAAGAGUGGAAUCCUAAAACAUGUAAAUUAGAAGAACCUGCACCUUUGUAGAACCUAUAAGUCCAGGCCUUACCCAUGGACCGAGCCAGUGUUUUUGGUCCCUGUAUAAUGAUUAAAUUACAAUGAUUUAACUUCCCCUGGCCUUCAUUUGCAAGUAGUGGAACCCUUAGUGCCCAAUAGAACUCUAGAACCUGAGAGUAUAGGCUAGACUCAUGGACGAAUCUAGAACCGUCAUGCCUGUUUGUGAUGAGGACUCCAGCACCCCAACGACUAUCUGCCUUUUAGAAUGUUGUUCCUAGGGAAGGGAGGGCAGGAGAUUUCUGAACCAAUAAUAAUAAUCGAUUGGACUUAUAUAGCGCAUUUCUACCAACUGAACUACUCCAAGCGCUUUACAUAGUAACUCACCUCAUACACCACCUGGAGGAAUGUACCAUUUCAUGGUUCUACAUGUGUUUCUAGACCUGACUGAGAAGUCAGUCAUGAGAUCCUUCAUUCUUCUUGACUCUUUGUCAAACUGUUUGUCAAUCCUCUAACUAUACCACUUAUCAGUCUGGACCAAGACUCACCUGAGCUCCUCAUCCAGUAGCCCAGUCCUCAAACUAAGACUCAUUAGGAACCCUGUUCCCAAAUUCUGUGUGUCUAGAACCAAGAGAACACUCGGCUCCUCAAGGCUCCCAGAAGGAGUUAGUUCUGCUAAUCCAUCGAGGGUAGAUGACAUUUCCCAGAAUCCUAUAGAACACUGUCUUCUCCCUCAUGUGUUCAGACCCAGAAACAAUUAACUGCUUUUUCGGUUUCAGCCAAACUCUCAACACUCAUUACAAGCAACAACAACACAUAUGCUUAUGCAUAACCUCGUAUUCAAUCACUCAUCACCUCUCUAAUUACACACACCUUCUCCCCACUCUCACCACUAAUUACAUCUAUAAAUGUAUGGUGCCGACAUCCUAAAACCCAACAGCACAACAUGCAUAAUUAAAAGCAGCAUGGGACAGAGCACGCCGUGUAUCCUAUGAGAUACAUGUGUAAUGACUGUACUUAACUACACCUUCCCCCUGUCUCCUUGCCAGGCCAUAAACAUGUAACAUACUCCAUCAGAUCUUCACCUACAGUUGAAGUUGGUAGUUUACAUACACCUUAGCCAAAUACAUUUAAACUCAGUUUUUCACAAUUCCUGACAUUUAAUCCUAGUAAAAAAUUCCCUGUCUUAGUUCAGUUAGG